AUGGAAUGCAUCGACUACUCGAUAAAAACUUUUUCAGUUGAAAAUGUUUGAUUAUGAUAUGUUACAAGAGAUGUUUCCGAACUCUGUUGAAUGAAAACCUAAUGUUGCCUUUAAUCGACUAGAAGAUACUGAUUUCUCGAACAAUCACACAAGUUUCAAGCCAUCCUGUUCUAAAAAUUGUUUACUCAUUGUAGGCAUACUAAUCGUUUCAUUUGUUAAACUUCUUGUUAUAAAAAAUGUACGAUUUUGCAGCUAAUGCUAUGGACUUUGCCAGUGAUGAAGUCUCAACAGGGACUACAAUUAUGGCUUGUGAGUUUAAUAAAGGUGUUAUAGUUGCAGCUGAUUCUCGUACAACCAUGAGAACAUAUGUUUCAAGUCGUCUGACAGAUAAACUUACCAAAAUCACUGACCAUAUAUAUUGUUGUCGUUCUGGCUCCGCUGCCGAUACUUUAGCCGUUACAGAUGCUGUUAAAUAUCAGUUAGGAUUAUUACAAAUGGAAUUGGGUGAACCAGUUAGUGUGAAAAUUGCUGCAAAUGAUGUCAAGCAAAUUUGCUAUAACUACAGAGAGUCCCUGUCUGCAGGAAUGAUUAUUGCUGGUUGGGAUAGAAAAUUAGGAGGACAAGUAUACAGUAUACCAUUGGGAGGCAUGGUUAUGAGACAAAAAUGUUGCAUUGGUGGAUCAGGGAGUGGAUUUAUUUAUGGAUUUGUUGAUGAACAUUACAGACCCGAUAUGUCCAAAGAAGAAUGCAUUCAAUUUUGUCUAAAAGCUGUUUCACAAGCUAUGUGGAGAGAUCAUUCAAGUGGUGGAGUUAUAAGAAUGGGAAUCAUUACAGAAGAAGGUGUAGAAAAGGAGCUUUUCAUUAAUGAUGAAGUUCCUAAGUACAAUAAGUUUUCGUAAUUUGUGUUGUAAUUUUUAUGAUAAUAAAAUUUCCUUUGUCUUAA